AUGGCCGAGGCAGUUGCUACCUCUGCCGCAGAGAGCCUAGUUUCGAAAAUAGUCGAGUACCUGAUUGCUCCCAUCGGUCGCCAAUUUGGGUACGUGCUGUGCUACAAGUGCUACGUCAAAGAUCUAGAAGAUGAAGUCGAGAAGCUGGAGAGUGCAAGGGAAAGGGUGCAGAGCUCUGUCGAGGAAGCCAAGAAUAACGGAAAACCUAUACACACAGAUGUUCAGAAUUGGCUGAACAGUGUCGAGAAGGAGGCUGAUGAAGCUAAAGGACUAUUGAAAGAUGGCAAAUGUGCAAAGAAUGCUUGCUUCCGCGAGUGGAUUCCCAACCCCAUGGUUCGCCAUCCGAUUGGCAGGAAGGUGAAGAAGAUGACUCCAGUCAUUCAACAACUCCACGACGAAAGCACAAAACCCAUCUACCAAAAGGUCUACCAUGAGGAUACUCCAAUUGGAAUUGUCACUGCUACCACGUCCGCUACAAGACCUGUUGACAAGAAAGAAGAUGCCUUGGAUUCCAGGGCCCCAAUCACAGAGGAUGUAAUAAAGGCCAUGGCUGAUGACAACAUCCGUGUGAUUGGGGUGUAUGGACCAGGUGGGGUUGGCAAGUCCAAGCUUUUGGUGGAUGUUGAAAGGCGAGUAAAGCAAGAGAAGCUAUUUGAUGUGAUUGCUGUGGCAAAUGUAUCACGCAAUCCAGAUCUAAAAAGAAUCCAGGGAGAAAUCGCUUAUGCACUGGGUCUGAAGCUAACGAAUGAUGAACCUGCUCGUGGGAGAGCAGAUCGUUUGUGCAAGAGAUUAGAGAGUGAUCCUAAAAAGAAGAUUCUCAUAAUUUUAGAUAAUUUGUGGAAGAAGCUAGAGUUGAAGGAAGUUGGAAUACCUUGCGGGGAUGAUAACAAAGUGAGAGGCUGCAAGUUAUUGCUAACGUCUAGAUACCGAGAUGUUUUACGCACUGACAUGAGCACUGACCGAGAAAUCCGACUCAAUGAGUUGGAGCAUGGAGAAGCCCGAAGAUUGUUUGAAAGGACUGUGGAGGACAGAGUUAACGAUCCUGAUCUUAAACCCUUGGUGGAUGGAGUGGUCCAGAAUUGUGGUGGCUUGCCUCUUUUGAUUCUAUCCGUUGCAAAACGGUUGAAGCAAGGAGAUAUGGCUGAAUGGAGGAAUGCUUCGACCAAUAUAAAGUUGUCGGAUGCAAAAUCAAUAGUGGAACUAAAUUACAAUGACUUAGAAGAUGACAGGAUCAGAUCAUUGUUCUUGGUUUCUGCUAUAGACUCUGGGAAAAUAAUCAUGAGGUGUUCCCUUGGGUACUGCAUCGGUUUGGGUUUAUAUAAAAAAUUCAAGACCAUCGAAGACGCCAGAGAUAUGUUGAUUAUGGAUCUACAUAGCCUGCAGGACUCUUCUUUGUUAUUAGAUAGUGAUGACAUGGAAGAGAUCCAUAUGCACGACAUAUUUGUUGAUGCGGCCAACUCCAUUGCUUCCACUCAAUGGAAGGCCUUGGUCGGGAGGGAGGAUUUUGGGUUUAAAGAAUGGUCAAAGGAUGAGCUUAGGAAAUGCACCACCAUAUCCUUCCCUUGGGUCAACAUUGAUGAGCUUCCUGAAAAAUUGGAUUGCCCAAACUUGAGGAUGCUUCUGUUAUGCGAAAGCAACCCGUCUCUCAAGAUUCCCGAGUCAUUUUUUGAAUCUAUGGAGAAGCUCCAAGUCUUGGACAUGACUGGCUUAUCUUUCACCUCUCUACCUUCAUCGAUUGAGUUCCUUAAAAACCUCAAGUCCCUAUAUCUUGAUUACUGCCAUCUAGAGGACGUGACUAUUCUUGGAAAACUGAAAGGAUUGCAGUUCCUUAGUUUCCACGGAUCUACAAUCAAUCGACUGCCCAAAGAAAUAGGUGGACUAAUAGAAUUGAGAUUUUUGGACUUGACAGGGUGCACAUGGCUCAAAAUUAUCGAACCUGGAGUUCUUGCAAGCUUGGUUAAUUUAGAAGAGCUUUAUAUGGAGGAUAGUUUUGAUCACUGGGAGGCCGAAGAUAAAGCACCGCAAAACAACGCCAGCCUGGCUGAAUUGAAGAAGAUGAAAAAAUUAAGCACUUUGUACAUUUCCAUUCCUCAUUCUGCCUAUAUCCCUAGAGACCUGCCAUUUGAGAAGUUGAACAAGCAUAAAAUCCAAAUUGGGGACGUUUGGGAUUGGUCGGGUGAAUACAAAGAAUCCAAAAAUUUAAAGCUCAAGUUGGAUACGGGCAAUCUUCUUCUUGAAGCGUGUGUGUCUAAAUGUUUGCGAGGAACACAAGAUCUCCACUUGGAUGGAUUGCAAGAUGGCAUUGAUAGCAUUCAUGAUUUGUGCGUUGAAGGAUUUCAGGAUUUGAAGCAUCUUCAUGUACAAAAUAGCCCUUCAUUUCAGUAUGUUAUCUGCUCCACAGAAAAUGUCCAGUGCACUGCCUUUACUAGAUUGGAAUCUCCCUUUCUUGAGAAUUUGGACAACUUGGAGAAGAUAUGUCGCGGCAGUCUAGCCCAAGAAUCCUUCAACAAACUCAAUAUUGUGAAAGUACAUAAAUGUGGUGAAAUCAAAUGGUUGUUUCCUUUGUCUAUGAAGAGAAUAAUGUCACAGCUUGAAGAGAUUGAAAUAAGCAGAUGCCACUUGAUGCAGCAAAUUGUCGCAAACGCCAGGGCAGAUGAAGACGGAGACGAAAUAGAUGAUGAUACCAAAGUGAAGUCGUGCAAUUUGCGUAGGCUGUCCUUACAAAAUUUGCCAAAAAUGACGAGCUUCCGUAAAACUCAGGACCAUUCGGUUGACUUCUUUGAUGGGCAGCAGAUAAUAAAGCUACAAAAUUUGGAAGCCAUAACCAUUGAAGGAUGUCAAUUGAUACGAGGAAUAUUUGACCUAGAAGGAUUGACAACCAAUGGGGAAGUCGGGAUUCUACCACGAUUGAGAGAAUUAACUUUGAGUGACUUACCAAGUUUGGGUCACAUAUCGAACAAAAAUCCACAAAGAACAUUGUGUUUCCAAAGCUUAAGGACACUGAAGGUGCAAAAUUGUGAGAACCUGAGGUUUCUUUUUUCUUCUUCCAUGGCUAAAGCACUCGGGCAAAUAAAAGAAAUAGAAAUAGCGAGGUGUAAACCGAUGGAGGAAAUUAUUGAUGUGCAAGAAGAAGAAUUGGAGGAAGCUGCAAACACCGAUAUUUUAGAGUUUCCUUUGUUAACCUCCUUGUCUCUUAAGGAAUUGCCAAAUCUCGGGACAUUCUCUUAUGGAAAGUACCGUAUUCAGUGUCCAUCCUUAAGAAGAUCGACGAUAUCUGGAUGCCCCAAAAUGACGACAUUUUCUUCAUUCGAAGAAAAGCAACAAUGGAUGACAGCAGAUUUAGGUUCACAACAAGUGUUUGGUCAUAUCAACUCUAGUUUGUCCUCGCCUAUCUUCUUCAACGAAAAGGUUCAUUUUCCAAGCUUGGAGGAAUUGGAGCUUUCGUCCAUGUGCGAAUUAAAGAGGAUAUGGCCCGAUCAACUUCACGGACGGUCCUUCCGCAAACUUGCAUCCCUUACUGUUGGACUUUGUGAAAAUUUGUCACAUGUUUUUCCAUUGAAUUCAAUCGAUAGGUUGCAAAACUUGAAUGAAAUUGAGGUCGUCGGGUGUCCCUCCUUGGAAGCAUUAUUUGAACCUGUAAGUCUUAGCUCCGAGAAAAGGCAAAAGACAUUGGUGCUCUCUGCAUUAAAAAAAUUGAAGUUGUUGAAUCUACCAAGGCUGAGAGACAUUUUGAAGAGUGACGGCAAAGUAACCAUGGCGUUUCCUUGUCUAAUGGAAGUAAACGUGAGGCAUUGUCAUAGUUUGCCAUAUCUCUUCUCAAGUGCCACGGCCAUAACUCUUGAUAAACUUGCGGUGCUUGAUGUUUCCUGUUGCAAUGACCUGCGGGGCGUAAUUGCGAUGGAAGAAGGAAAAGGGAAUACCAUAGAGACUUUGAAGUUCCGUCAUUUAAGCACACUCAAGCUUGGUGACCUUGAGAAGUUGAUUAGCUUCCGCUCAGCAAGUUGUGCUAGUGGUGGGUUACAUCCUCUAUUUGAUGAGAAGCUUGCAUUUCCAAAGUUAGAAGAGCUACACAUCAAGGGAGUUCAACAGGAAGAACUAUGGAACGAUAAAAUCCUUGUGGCGUCCUUUUGCUGUCUAAAGAUCCUCGAGGUGAAGCAGCGUCCCAACCUAAUCAAUGUGAUUCCUUCAUUCAUGUGGAAGAGGCUACUUCAUUGUGUGGAGUCCUUGAUAGUUGAGAAGUGCUCGCGUCCGAGAUACCUUAUUAUAAUGUCUAUGGCAGAAAGUGCGGGACAACUCCAAUAUCUUGAUCUCGGAGGUUGUGGAGAGAUGGAGUAUAUUGUUGCCAGAGAAGAGGAGAAACCUGAAGAAGCAGCCAAUAGAAUUGUAAUUCCUCAACUUGUCACUUUGUAUCUUCAUGACAUGCCAAAACUCAAAAGUUUCUGCCAAGGGAAGCAUAUUUCAGAGUGGCCCUCCUUGAAGGAGUUUACUAUUGAAGAUUGUAAAGCUGUGGAGGUAAUUCUUGGAGAUGCCAGUUGUAGAAAACUAGAGGACAACGUCUCUACGCAGCAACCGCUUUCACUCAUCGAAAAGGUUGAGUUUCCUAGUAUGGAGUCAAUGAAGAUAUCGCACAUGGAUAACGUGGAGACGAUAUGGCUUGGUGAGCUUGCUUCAAAUACCUUUACCAAGCUCAAGACACUAGUAGUGGAGUAUUGUGAGAAACUUUCAACCAUAUUUUCAUCUCAUACUUAUCUCACGAGAUUUCAAAACCUAGAGAAGAUAACUGUAACUAAUUGUGGGUCCUUAGAAGUGGUGUUUCACGUCCAAGAGGUCAUUUUUAGCGAAGCUCAUUGCACAAGCACUUUUCAAUUGAGAGAAUUAGUUUUGACACGGCUCCCAAAAAUGAAGCACGUGUGGAGUGAACUACCUCAAGGAGGUCUUACCUUUGGAUGCUUACGUAGCAUGGAGGUUGUCGAGUGUGAGAGUCUUAAAAGUUUAUUUCCAAACUCGGUGGCAAAAAGUAUGACACAGCUUGAACAACUUUUAGUACGGGAUUGUGGGGUGGAGGAAAUUAUUGUGGAGGAAGACGAAGUAGGGAUGAAUGUAGGUGAUCUCUUCUUUCCACGAUUGACCGACCUGAGGUUGCUUGAGUUGUCGGAACUGAGGAGCUUUUAUAGGAAUAGUCAUACUUCAACAUGGCCACCCUUGAAGCAAUUACGAAUGAGACACUGUGGCAAGAUGAGGCCAUUCUCAUUUACUUGUGAAUUCCAAAGCUACCAAGGUACACCUACCGACGAGAACCAACUUGCACUCGUUUCUUUUGAAAAGGUACCAUCCUUAGUUCUAGCUUUAUGA